GAGAGGAGACUCCGCCCCGCCCAAGUCACACCGUGCGUGAUUGUUGUUUUUAUUGUCACUCACAGCCCGUAGUUUCCCGCGCUUUUGAGUAGGUUAUCCUGGCCCUGCAUCGUGGCUUUCUGCACGAGCGUUCUUCCUACGACUAGAUGCAUCAGCGUCGGCGAGGACUAGCUCCCCUGUGGGGGACGAUCGCGGUUCUAGCGAUAUGGAGUGUGGCCGUUCCUGCGCGGGGAGCCGUGGUAGACAUGUCGGAGACCGAGAGCACAGAGAGCCUGGGGGCGAAUUCGAACAGAGAGCACCCUGUGCCGCAGCCUGACAUCGAAGUCACGCCGCAAGAAAAGUACAAUCCAGGAGACCUGCAGAUGGGGUGUCGCGAGCUCAAGAGUAAGAAAUAUAUCUCUGACGGUUUCUGCACGAGUGUUCGCCCGAUCAACGAGGUGGUUUGCGCAGGCCAGUGUCUCCCAACAAGGCUGCUUCCCGACUACGCCGAAUUUGAGAAGUACUGGUCCACAAACAAGGUGCGCGAGUGGCGCUGUCUGAACGACCAGGUACGCACCAAGAAAGUAGACUUGAUCUGUGAGAACGGCGAGAUGAGGUCGUACCCGAUCCGAGUGAUCAGAUCGUGCAAGUGUAAGCGGUACAACAGUCGGCACAACGAGUCCAGGCUAGAGGAUCCCCGCACUACCCGUGGCAGGGGAGGGAAGCGGAAGAACCGGCGAAGGGGAGAGAAGGGAGAGAAGAAGUCGCAGAGACGACAGCGAAGGCGCCGGGGUCGUAGCGGGAAGAGAAAGAGGCAACAGAGCAGGGAUUAGGACCGACGUUUAUGCUAGGAACUGUACAGGGAAAGUGUGCAUCGGUUGGGUUCUACACACGCCGAAAACAGCAGCUAUUGAAGCAUAGCUCACUGCCAUGAUAAUAUCUACUGACCUACAGAUUAUAUAAUUUUCAAGCAGAUACAUGGCUUCGCCAUAUUUUGUGCGUAUUUUCGUCCGUUUUGUAUGUCAUUCAGCCUGUGCGUUCUUCCACUGGAGGUAUUGGUUCGCACUC